UAAUCAUAUCCAUGAAAAAUUUUAUAAAUUUUUCGUAUUAAUAUUAAUCCCAUAAGUUUCACCUGUAAGCCAUUUAUUAACGACCUAUGAUAUACUGUCACAAUAAUUAAAAAACAUUCAACCUCUUAAAGGUAUUAAUUUUCAGACUGUACCUGCCGACAUAAUAAAUUGAAAUAAUAGGUACUGACAGCCAAUAUAUGGCGGCUAACACAUAUGAUUGUAAUUCAAAGAAACUCAAUCCUGUUGUAUCCGGAGGUACGUUAAAUUCUGUCACUUAUGAUAUACUAUAAAUUAUUCAGCAACACUAGAUCAACAUUACUCAAUAUGUUUAAUAAUGAUAAUGAUUUCUCAACAGGUAUUAUAAUUGGUCGUUCCAUGAGAAGAUCUAUGCACAGAAUGAAUGAUUGCCAGGCAAACAAUUAUCAAAGAUAUUCAUUUUUACUGCAUAUACGACGCUGGAUCACUGAACUAUGGAAUAACGUAAUUAAACGUUUUAAAAACAUAUUUCAAGAAGCUCGUCGUUUAGAAAUGCUUAGAAGUUACACAGCCAGAUCUGCUUCCCCUGUCCUAGUGUCCACCAGCAACCGUGUAUUAAAUACGGAUUCGGAGCAAGAAAAGACUUUCUGGCGGGAGGGUCGACCAAGUAAAUCUGAAAAAAGGUCAUCCACAUUGAUAAUCUAUUCGAAAGCUCGUGCAACAAUGAAUUACUGUACAUCGAGUACUAAAUCAAAGGAUCUAGAUGUUAUGCAACGUAUGACUUCAAAUUGUAUGAUUCAUGAGAAGUUCAUUAAUGAUCAACGUAAUAUAAAUUGUACAAAGGGAACUGAGAGUUCACUUUCUUCAAGACUUGAUGAUGAAUAUAAUGCUUUGUACAGAAAGCGCAGCAGCAUUCAUGACGGACAUCUUUUACGCGAAUUGACCAGCGAAAUGAAUAUAAAAUCGAAUAACCCUAAUGGAAUGCGAUAUCAAGAAAACAAAGGUGACAAACCACAAGAAGAUCUGUCAAAAUGGCCUGAUAAAGUGCAACAGAGUACAGAAUCAUUCACAUCCGAGGAGUGUAACGAGGCUACACCGGAUCAAGCUUUCUGUCGUUGGCUUCACCAGAUAUGGACCAUUUCGAAUAACGUUACGUCACGUUUAAAAUAUCUUCUAAGAGUUUCUCCGAGUUCACGUACAAGCAGCAGCGAUGAGAGCCUGGAGACGAAUGGCGAUGAAAGUUCCAGCAAUGAACUAUCUACCUUGUACGAUGCUGUAGAAACUGAAGAAGAGUCCAUUAGGCAUCAUGAUAGAUCUGCCUAUGGGCAUCAUUCACUAUGUGGACGUAGAAUACCACAUGGGCAUUUGUGUGUUCCUGGUCUACCGUGUGUGAACGAUGGUUCUGAAGAGUAUCGUGUCAUUGAGGAAAGUAACCUUCGGUCGCCCGAGAUAAAACUUCCAGGAAAUGUUUUCUUACGAAAUUCUGUUCCCUGUCCAGUUCUUGUGUUACCUAGAAUUCGCCAUGAGAAUAAUGGCCCUAGAAUGUACAUACCUGAAGUUUUUCAACACGGCGUUAGGACAGAUUGUCGGUACGUUUAAUUGAAAAAAAAUUAUUAGUUGUCAUUUAGAAAGU